AGAAAAUACCCGCCGAAAACUUCAUGCUGCAAACAUACUGCACGCUGCAUAAUGCUAUAAACCUAAAGCGAAACAGUUAUUAAAGAUGGCAGUAAACAACAGUGUAACUACAUUGCAGCUCACUUCUUUGAACAAUGCAAAUCAGUCCAGUGUUCAUCUGUUACCCUGUGAAAUAGACCAUAAUGGACCUGCGCAAGUGGACAGUUUCUUUACCCCUACAGUGAAGGAGCUCAAGAACGAAAAGACUGUAUCAUUUAGGGGCCGUGGGCUAAAGGGUCAGGAGGUGCAGCUUCCACAGGGCUACAAGGGGCUGGUACUGACAGAAGUGCAGAGACCCUUAUCAGAUCAAGAAGACAGAGUUGUGAAGGUUUCUUCAGUAUUUGACCAGUUCACAUAUUGGAAUUUGGAGAUUCUGCCCACAUCUGAUGAUAAAAUCGUGAUGGCAAUGGCAUGGUCUAAACUAGCUGAAGUGAUACAUGCACCAGUAGAGGACUGAACGCUGUACUCAUGGGACUUUACAUUUCCACCAGUUUAUGUAGUGCCCUGAAUAAAAGCUGUGUUUUAUGAAGAUUGUGUGUUCAGUAGCUGUUUUCAAGUGUAAUAAAUGUAAUAGUUUGUA